UAGGUUAGACCUUUUACGUUUAACCACUUUGAUUUUACUUUACUCCAAGUUAGUUUAUAGCCGUGCUAUUGCUCUAUAUUCAAAACUUUGCCUUGGAAACGAAACUACAGUUUUUCAUAAUUUCAGCCGAAUUUGACUCUGGUGGCCUAUUCCGUAACUAAAUUUAUUCUGUAUCGCUGACUUUGGCUGUCAUAGCCGUGAGUGAUAUGAUACCUUAAUCAAUGUUGUUAGUGUCUUGUAUUGAUAGAUUUUGUUUAUAAGCUAUGCCUAUAGAAACGCGAACAAAUAGUGCUCUAUUUCGGAGAGCGGAACAGUUGAAACGAUGGGAAGACUCCGAAACUAACCAAGUAUCUCCUACCAUUCCUAAGGAUAAAAAAAAUACAAUAAAGUUUAGUGAUGGUUGUGUAUUUCUUGCUGCAUGUGCUGCUAGUGAUACGGAAGAAGUCGAACGCCUUUUAAAACUUGGAACAGACAUUAAUACAGCCAAUGUUGAUGGUCUAACAGCAUUACAUCAGGGUGUUUGUCAGUAACCAGUAUAUGUAACAGUAAACAGUGAAAUGUUGACAUCUAUUAAGUGAAUUCUGCUCAGACUCUCAGGUUAUUUU